UUCAAUGUCUGAGGGUAAAAUCAUCAGCAGCAAAGAGUGAACGAGUGUGUAGAGGCAUCGCCCUAGAUAACGGUAGAAUUGAGGACUGUUGCGAGUGUCUUCCACGCGUUAAAAGACGUCCGUAAAUAUUAUUAAAUACGUGGAAAUAAAUACUACAAUUAAUUUUGGUUAAGUGGUUAUUAAUAAACUCAUUAAAAAUACAUUAAUUAACAAUAUUGUAAUUAAUGGUGAUUAAUAUUUAGUUAAGAGUUGAUCGGGUAAAACGGAAAACGGCCCCCCGCACACGGCGUCUGCGGUUACUUCGGUGUAUAAACGAGUAAGAGUUUACACGCUACACAAAAGUACGGGCAAUAGCAGUGACACACUCGCACUUACACAGUCUACUAGUGAUAAUAAAUAUAUAUAUACAUAUAUAACAAAUAUAUAUAUAUAUUAUUAUUAUUAUUAUUGUACGUAAAAUAAAUAUUGUUACUAGAAUUAGUGUGUGUUUAAAAAAUUGAGUUUAAAUUUGAAUUAAUAAAUUGUAUGUACACUUUUUCUAUCAGCUUUAAAACACAAUUGUUAAAUAAUCAAUCAAUAAUUAAUAUUAUUAUUAUAAUUAUAGGCAUAAUAAUAAUAAAUCUCCAUGUACUUAUGGCGGAGUGAUGAGCAAGACACAAGACAGGAAAUAAUUAAUUGACGAAAAAAAAAAAAAAAACACGUUUAAUCAUAACACACAAUAAUAAUAAUAAUAAACAGACAUAUCGGAAUAUUAUUUUUACAUAAAUAAUUAUAACCGGGAAGAUUGUGCGUGUUUAAAAAUAGUGUUAUUUUUUUGUUGUUGUUUGUAUGUAAUUUUAAAUUACAUUGUGAAGCAGCGGGAAAUAAACGUGAUAGGCGAUACAGGGUAUAGUUCGUUGCUGAGACGACAGGAAGACAAGACGUGGCGGAUUCGGUGACCCCGCGGCUGUGACACGACAAGAAUAGUUAGUUAGAAGAGUAAAAAAAAAGGAAGAGAAUGCGUGAAUAUAAAAUAGUUGUGUUGGGUAGUGGAGGUGUCGGCAAAUCAGCCCUCACUGUUCAGUUUGUUCAGGGAAUAUUCGUUGAGAAAUAUGACCCAACCAUUGAAGACAGUUAUCGCAAACAAGUCGAAGUUGAUGGUCAGCAAUGUAUGCUGGAAAUUCUCGACACAGCUGGCACGGAACAAUUUACGGCUAUGAGAGAUCUUUACAUGAAAAAUGGACAAGGAUUUGUUUUAGUUUAUUCGAUAACCGCACAAUCGACGUUUAAUGAUCUUCAAGAUCUUCGGGAACAAAUAUUACGGGUAAAAGAUACCGAUGACGUGCCAAUGGUAUUAGUUGGUAAUAAGUGCGACUUGGAAGACGAAAGGGUAGUGGGUAAAGACCAAGGUGUUAAUCUUGCACGGCAAUUCAACUGCGCCUUUAUGGAGACCUCUGCCAAAGCUAAAAUUAAUGUUUAUGAUAUUUUUUAUGACCUCGUGCGACAAAUAAACAAAAAAUCACCGGAGAAAAAAAUAAAACAAAAAAAGAAAUCGUUGUGCCUACUUUUGUAAAGUUGACGUGCUUCUUGCCACGUAUAACUAACGUGACACACAGAGUAAAAUAAUACAAAAAUAAAAAAAAAAAUAAAAAUAAAAAAAAAA